AUGUCUAGGUCUGCGCAAACUACCCACCCCUCCAAGAGCAUGCGGGAGUGGAAGUCAGAAGACAAAAAGGAUGCAUCCUAUCUCGGCAUCGGGUGUGAUCGAUGUCAUAACAUUUUGGGCUCUACCCUCAAUAUGUAUGAGCAUCUUGCCUUUCCUGGAGUUCUAAAGGACAUUCCGACUGUAUGGCUCACAUACGUAAACAGAUUCGAGGCUCCCAACUACUCUUGGUACAAAGGAAAAGCCGGCAUCACCAUUCCAACGUUAGAGAUCAAGGGAGGUGACUGGAUGUCUACCGAUGAGAAUUGUUCUGCACACUUCGUCUGGCACUUUUGUCAUGCACAAGGGUAUGCCCAGAAGCUACAUGACAUGAGCCUCAACCAUGUAGACUCGGCCCCGGAAGCUUUGGAAGACUUCUUACAUUUUCUGGGUAACAGAAUGGUAGUUGAGCUACAUAUCAUGCCAUGCUACUGGGAAAGAGCUGACCUAAGUUACGAGCUAUGCACUCCAUUGACAUGGCUAAAGACACUCGAACCCUACCAUCAAUGUAUCAAGCAUCUUUCUCUGGACUAUCUCGCUCUGUCUCUCUGCAACAAAUUUGACGAACCUUCCACGGUCAAUCAAACGUCCGAUUUUGUCGAGCGCUGUGGAUACGUGCACGAAUGCCUAACAAAUGUCGAAUCUAUGAUAUUGUGGCUUCACCUUAGCAAAGAACAAGUCGAGGUCGCAUUAACUCGUCCUAAUGAACAAGCUUGGGUCCGAGCUUGCAAAUUGGUAUCUGUAGAAAAGAUGGAGGUCAAGUUGCGCGUAUUCCAGGACUAUGAAGUACGGCUGAAAGAACCUCGGCAUCGUGGUCUGUAUAUUUGGGCUGAGUUUUGGGGAGGUAACUUGUUUCGGUCUCAUCUCUGGGCUCCAGAUGUAAAGAACAUUGUGGGAUUCGAAGAUAAGGAAAGUGCAGCGAGGCUAAAGGAAAUCUUCAUGUCCAAAUAUCAGUGGGAGUCGACGAAUGACAUUCCGGAAAAUCCUGGUCUGGAGAAUUUGUUCAGCGAUACAGGUAUGGUAUCAGAGGGUUCGAGCCCAGAAGCCAUGCUUUGA